UCCCGGGAAGCGCGCAUGCGCGCAGCGGACAAAGGGCUCGGGGCGAACCGACGACAGGUCGGACGCGGCGGCCAGCCGGGGGAGGGGGCCGCGGAGAUGCCGUUCGCCUGCUCGGACUGCGGGAGGAGAUUCACCCAGUCGUCGCACCUCCUGGCGCACCAGUCGGCCCACACCGGCAGGAAGCCCUUCGCCUGCCCCGACUGCGGGAAGGGCUUCACCCGGGCCGCCUACCUCCGGCGGCACCAGGCGGCGCACACCGGCAGGAAGCCCUUCGCCUGCUCCGACUGCGAGAAGGGCUUCACCCGCUCCUCCGACCUGCUGGCCCACCAGUCGGUGCACACCGGCGAGCGGCCCUUCCCCUGCCCGGAGUGCGGGAAGGCCUUCAGCCAGUCCUUCCAGUUAAAAGUCCACCGGCGGGUCCACACCGGCGAGCGGCCCUUCCCCUGCCCCGAGUGCGGGAAGGCCUUCAGCCAGUCGUCCCACCUGCAGAGGCACCGGCGCCUGCACUCGGGCGAGCGGCCGUUCGUCUGCCCGGACUGCGGCAAAGGGUUCAUCUGGUCCUUCGAGCUGAGACUCCACCGGCGGCUCCACAGCGGCCCGCUGCCAUUCGCCUGCCCCGACUGCGCCAAGGGCUUCGCCCGCUCCUUCGAGCUGACGCUGCACCGGCGGGUCCACACCGGCGAGCGGCCGUUCGCCUGCCCCGACUGCGGCCGGCGCUUCACGCAGCUCUCCAACCUGCAGACGCACCGGACGGUGCACACCGGGGAGAGGCCCUACCCCUGCUCGGAGUGCGGGAAGGCCUUCGCCCGCUCCUCCCACCUGGUGGCCCACUACCGGGUCCACACCGGCGAGCGGACGAAAUGAGACCCACCCGCCGCGGCCGUCCUCCGAAUCUGGGGGCGGGGGGGGGUGGGGAAUCAG